AUGGAGAUUUCAUCAAUCAGAGGGUUACCUGAACUGGGGUUAAUGGAGGAUCCUAACUUUCUCCAUCAGUGGCAGUUAAACCAUAUUGAUACAACUAGCUUAACAGGUUCUGUUUUUGGUGAGAGUUUGCUAAAGCACUCAUUCUCUGGUAACACAAACUUCAACCCCAAAACAUCCAUCAUGGAAACAUCACCAACUGUAAUUGAAAGACCAACAAAACAGCUUAGAAACAACAGCUGGAAUAGCAAACACAGUCAACAGCAGACACCAGAGACACAAUAUGCUUCAUGCUCAAAUCUUCUUUCAUUUGUUAAUUCGAAUUACUCAAAUGAAUUGGGACUAGUGAAACCUAAGGUGGAGAUGGUGUGUCCUGAAAUUGAUAACAGUACUCUUGCAGAGAUUUUGAUCUCUCAAAACUUGGGGAAUCAAAACUAUCAGUUCAAGUCUAGCCAGGAGGCCAAAAAGAUUGAACCACGUCCCAAAUUUUCUCAACCUCAGGACCACAUAAUAGCUGAAAGGAAGCGGAGAGAGAAGCUCAGCCAACGGUUCAUUGCUCUAUCUGCUCUCGUUCCUGACCUAAAGAAGAUGGACAAAGCUUCUGUUCUUGGAGAAGCAAUCAAAUACUUGAAACAAAUGCAAGAGAAAGUGAUUGCUCUUGAGGAGGAACAGAACAGGAAGAGAACUGUGGAAUCUGUGGUAACUGUGAAGAAAUCUCAGCUUUCUGAUGAUGCUGAAGACUCUUCUACUUCAGAAACUGGUGGUACAUUAGACGAGGCACUACCUGAAAUUGAAGCCAGAUUUUGUGAAAGAAAUGUCCUCAUAAGAAUACACUGUGAGAAGAAUCAAGGAAUCAUAGAGAAAACAAUCAGCGAAAUUGAGAAACUCCAUUUGAAAGUCACCAAUAGCAGUGCCAUGUCAUUUGGAAGUUUCAUCCUUGAUAUAACCAUUAUUGCUCAGAUGAAUAUGGAAUUUUGCAUGACAGUGAAGGAUCUUGUGAGAAGCUUACGCUCAACUUUUUCACAUUAG